GUUUAUUUUAAAGUCUGUAUCAAAAGUAUAUUUUCAACUAUGAUCAGGGCUACUAGGUUUACUCGUCGAAUCUACUCUGCAAUAACAGUCAUAUGUUUUCUUUCGUUAAGCCUGAUUAUGCUUGGAUUAACCAAGCUUAACAAACUUUGGCUGCAAUUCAAACUUGAAGUUGUUGUAGCAUUAACAGCCAUUUUAUGUUCUUUCUUAAGCUGCUUUAUUACAUGCAAGUUUUCUUCUUUUCUACAUCAUCUACGUGCUUCUAGCGUCAAGAAAAAGCUAAAAAAAAGGUAUCAUUGUGAUGUCUUUUGGUUUAAAGUCAACUGAGACCAUCACUCUCUGCUCUUCAUUCAUGAGAUAGAUUCCCAGUGCUUGCACAGAGAUGCUCCAGUACCGUAUAUCAUCGCCUGAUACAAUUAAUUAACCA